CUUGCUAAACGGACGUACCGAUAUAAAUUCAGCUUUAACAUGGCCAAGACAGCAGAAGCCCAGUCGGUUAACCGAAGAAGCCCGAUGAAUCGGGGGGGAAAAGGAGGAGGCCGGCCCAUGACUAAUUAUUGACCCAACGGACGCAUCUCCGCGCCCAGCGCCAUGAAUGGGUGGCAGUCUGUCUGUCAUGUCAUGUGUCCUCUGCCUCUGUUUUUUUUUCCCUUUCCUUCUCUCGAUUUCUGCGUGAAUCUCAGGCCACCAUAAAAAAAAAUUACAAAGAUCGGACCUCCCUCUCCCCUCUUCCCAUAUCUAAUAGUGUAUCAUCGCCGGCGACUCCCUUAAUCCUCGAGAAUCCUCAGGUAAUCAAUCAAUCAAUCAGAAUCCCCCCAAAAAGGGAAACAAGACGUUGAAAUUCUUGUUCUUCUGCGAUUAAGAUCAUUUCCCGGGAAAUCAAUUUAGCAACUUCCGAUUUCUUUGGAUUCCAGCUCACACCGCGUCCUUUGAUUCUAUUCUCGCCCCGGUUUCGGCUGGGAGCUCGCCUAGGCUUUUCUGAAUCGGAGAUGGCGAGUGGAAAUGCAGACAAGGAAAUGAUGGAGCAAGAGGGUGGUCAACUCGAUCAACACGCUGGGAACAACGAGAGCGGAGAUCCCAAAGUCUCCGAUGGAAACGCCGACAACAACCCUUCUCCCUCGCCGGAGCAGGAGGAGCAAAUAAUUCGGAGCAAGUACGGAGGGAUUCUGCCCAAGAAGAAGCCAUUGAUAUCCAAGGAUCAUGAGCGUGCUUUUUUUGACUCUGCUGAUUGGGCACUGGGAAAGCAAGGAGCACAAAAGCCUAAAGGACCUCUCGAAGCUCUCCGCCCCAAGUUGCAGCCAAAUCGACAGCAGCAUUCAAGAGCCAGGCGAUCGGCUUAUGCUCCUGGUGAAGGUGGAAUGGCAGCUGAGGAUGGGACUUCCCCCACAGACGAUGAACCUGGUCGAUCGGGCGAAUCAGCUGCUGCAGAGGAGCAUAUGGAGCAAUCCCAAGUUCAAUAGGGUUUCUCCCCUCAUUCAUCCGAGGUUGAUUUUUGCUGUUGUUCAAUGUGCUUCAUGGGUUUCGAGGCUGAACAUGAACUAGACAAGGAAGGGUGGAUUUUCUGAAUAACCAGGCGUUGAGAUGUUUUUCUUGUUUUGCUGCAUCUGUUUUCUGUUACUGAGAUGUUCUUCAUACCGAGUCUUCAGAACUACUUGAGGAAGAUUGAAUCGAACUGAGAGAAGUCCAGGUUUUGUUUUGUAUGUUGAUCUCCUCUUUCUUGUCUCUGCUGUUAAGAAUACUGAUCUGCACAAGUCUUGCCAUUCAAAGAGAGACUAUCUGGUUAUAUGAAAAUCGAAUUUUUUUAUCGGGAUCAAGUUACCCAAAAAAGCAUGACCAAGCAAGAAGAAUGUACCAAUUAAAUGGGGGUAAUGGAACAAGUGACUACUACUGGCUACUGUACUGACCAACCACAUCUAUACAGGAAAUCAGAUUACAUGAAACUAUUAGCAGCACGUUCGAGUUUCUACACCCUGCUCUAGUUCAAGUGAAAAAGCUUCAAAUGAACAAAACCUCCUCUAGGCUCCACCUUUCCUUCAGGCAAGGAUGUCAAGUCUCUUGACUAAAACAGCCAGAAACCA